AUGGCGGAGCCUGAGAUUAAGAGCGAGCCUCGCUCUCGUGCUUCCACCGAAUCCGAACCCGUUGCCAAUAAUAUGAAGCAAGAUCCCCCAACUCCACAGCUUAAGGUCGAUAGUGUGUGGAGCGUUACCCCGGAGCCACCUAAUACCGAUCCAGUGUGGCGUGACUGUAAAUACCUGAACCUCUUGCAACAGAUUGAAAUCAAAGAGGCUGCGGUCAAAGAUGCAGAAGUCUGCCUCAAAGGUAUUAAACUAACACUCGAGAAGCAUUCUUCGCAGGUCACAAGCACCCAGAACUGGCUCGGCAGAAUCCAGAGCAUUUACGACAACAAGAAGGAGUGUCGAGUGCUCAUUGGAUUCUUAGGAGCCUCUGGUGCAGGAAAAUCGAGUUUAAUCAACGCAUUACUCGAACAAGACGACCUUCUCCCAGCCGACGACGAAAAAGCGUGUACGGCAGUCUGUGUUGAGAUUGCAUACAAUCCUAGCGAAAACAGCAACCUGGAGUUUACAGCCAAGGUCGACAGAAUUAGUGAGGAUGACUGGCGCGUGGAACUUGAAACUUUGUUCAAGGACCUAAAGGACCGGGCCCAGAACAAUGAUGGCGAAGAUGGGGAGCCUGACUUGGAGCGCGAUAUGAGGAUUAAAGCUGCUUUCCAAAAGCUCAAAUGCGUCUACCCUCACAUCAAGACUCCAGAGGACCUUAAAACUUACAAAGUUCAAAACCUUCUUGACCACCCAAAUGUCAAGAACAUCCUAGGAAAGAGCAAGUGCGUAGCUGAUAGUACUCGAGAUGGUUUUGCGGCGAAAAUCAAGCCUUUCAUUGACAGCAGCAAUUCCAAAGAAGACGGUGGUAAGUCAUUUGCCCACUGGCCCUUGGUCAAGUUGGUUCGCAUUCUUGUAAAGUCAAAGAUCCUGGAAGAUGGCAUCGUUCUUGUGGAUCUUCCCGGAAGCAUGGACACAAAUGUUGCGCGCGGAGCGAUUGCCGAAAAUUACCAAAAACACCUUAAGGUGACUUGUGUUGUUGCUCCUACGCAGCGGGCAGCAUCUGACAAGCCCGCACAAGACUUGCUUGGAAGAGUCACGCAAAGAACACUACUGCUGGAUAAUCAUUUCUCCAGCGAGAGUUUAUGCUUUGUUGUAUCAAAAACAGAUUCAUCGCUCAAUACUCCCCGAUACAUCAAGACGCACCCUAAUGUGGAGGAGGCAUUAUCUUAUCAAUUUAAGUUGGAGCAAACCCACAACGUCAGGCUGGACAAGGUACGUGACCUCUGCGCUGAGCAUAAGCAAACUCAAGUCAGCAGCAAGCUUCUCUAUAGCGAGCUUCGCAAAGCAUACUCGAAGAUACCAGGAGUAGGUAAGGAGCUAAAAGUCAGCCGUCCGAGAAAACGUAAAAGAGAUGAUGUGGAUGAUACAUCAGUAAACCAGCCAAUUAGCGAGGAAGAGAAGAAGAUGCAAAGAAAAGUUAAUUCUCUUUCCAAGAGAAUAAGACAGGCCAAGGAAAAACUCGAUGUUGCUGGAAGCAAGUUAUACGAUGGCCAAGAAAGAAUUAGGGAACUCGAAAAUGCCAUUAAGCUUUCCCACUCUCUACAGAAGGCAGCAUGCAUUAAUAAUCGGAACGAGGUGUCGACAGCAGAGCUCCGGAAAGACUACCAGAAUGUCCUAAGGCAGAUGGGACAACCAAACAAGAAGCCACUCCAGGUGUUCUGCGUUUCCGCACUUGCAUUCGCUGAAAUGACAAAAGAAUCGAAGCACGUAGAAGGCUUCCCGAGGCUUUCGGACACGGGAAUACCAUUACUCCAGAGAUGGCUUGUUGAGACAACAUUGAAAGAUCGCGAACGCCAUGCAGUUUCUUUUCUAGAGGACGUUGUGAGCCUUGAGCUCUCAAUUGCGCCUUGGGUUGCAGAUACUUCUGCUGAGUUCAAGAUGCUGCUGACCCAGAGAGAGAUGAUAGAGAAGAUCUUUGAUGAUAAUUUCGACACUUUGAAGAAGGACUUCUCUAAUAUAAAUGCUCGUAUCGUUGAAGUUUGUAAUAAGCUGGUUGAUUCCGGUAUCUGUUCGAAGAUGCCCAAGAAUGAGAUCACCGCAGCCAGAGAAACUGAACGCAUCGUAAAGAGUUGGGCUCAAAAGCCAAUAUAUUGGUCUACUCAUAGAGCUCUUAAUCGAAACAAAGGGGAGUGGACAACUUCUAAAGGCAUUUCGUAUAAUUGGAACGAAGAGUUGGCUGGGAAUUAUCUAGAGCCGCUUAUCGCACAAUGGUCCCGGAUUAUCCAUCACAGGCUUCCAGAUGUUCGUAGCAAUUACGACUUUGAUACUUCCAGACUGGUUCAGAACUUUGUGAAAUCAGUAGCAGCUUCAACUACAGAUGUAUGCCCUGAGAUGUCUGAGGCAGUCGAGCAGUGGAAGGGGAGCAUCCUCAGAAUUCCGGCUCAGAUUCAGAAGCAUUCCUUCACUAUCUUUAAUGACAAGAUUCAAGACGCUGCUCGCGAGGCGCAUCGAACCGUCAAGCCAAAAGUUGAAGACAGUUGGGCUCCUAUUUACGAUCAAUGUGCCGCAGAAGCCGGCACCGGACACUUCAAGCGUAAUCAAGUUACCCAUAUUAACCAUGCGAAGAAGAUAGCCCGUCGCAUGUACCAACGAGGCAGCAAAGCCAUCCAGGCUGGGUUUCUUAAUUUAUGGGGCAGCCUCCCAGCCAGCUUCGGCGAAGGAACCAUACAAGCUUCAACCCAGAUGCGCGAUGAGUUCGAAACCAUGAUCAUGAACCACAGUCUAAGAGAGGAGACAAACGAGAUCAACCAAUGCGCUGCAAAGCUCCAGUUGCAGCAGGAUAUUCAAGCGUCAUUCGAUAAAAUCAAGGCUAGAUGGGCCACGAAAAUCGUACUCGCCACGGAGAUAGAAGAGGUUGAUCCAAAGCCUGAAGACAUAGAUAUCGAGGACUUGUUCAACCCAGACGUCGAUACCAUGUCUCAAAGUUCGGACUCGGAGGGUUCUGAAUAUGAUCCAGGCACCUCUUAG